UCAGCAGCAACAGUGGGGUCAUUCAGGUGUCCAGGAGGUCACAGAGGGCGUGGAGCUGGAUGUAUGAGGCUUCAUGGGCCUGAAGGACCAUGUGGAAGAUGGGACAGGAAACAUCCUCGGUCUGGCACUGGAUCUGGACUACCUCCAUGUGGAAGGUGCUGAGCGACAGACCGGACAGAGCAUAGCAAAAGGAGCUGAGCCAAUAGGAGCCUCACAAACUGGAGAUGUGGUUUUAGCAACCAGGAGCAAAAGUGGUGACAGUAACUACAGCAGUAGUAGUGCCACCAGCUGUAACAGCAGUAGUCAUUGCAGUGUUCACUCUGAGGAGAGCGCUGUCUCAGACAGUGAAGAUGAACAGGGCCAUAAUGGAUCUGGUUCUGAAUCUCAAGUCAUUCAACGGGAUGAGCCUCACCCACAUCUUCAAGACUCCUCCCUUGUCUGCCGUGCUGACAGGCCAGACCUGGCACCACUCAGUUCCCCUAGAGGACCCGAGCAUCCACAAACAGUCACAAGUCUUGUCUCAGACUCCCGCACUAAGGUGGAGUUUGCUCUUAAAUUAGGUUACAAUGAGGAGCUUGUGCUAUCGGUGCUAAGGAAACUGGGACCAGACGCUCUCAUCAACGACAUCCUGGGAGAGCUGGUCAAAAUGGGAACCAAAACACAGAUGGAGCAGCAAGGAGGAGGCUCAGCUCUCUCUCUGUUUCCCUCUUCCUCUUUGGCCACCUCCUGCUCUUCAUCCUCCUCUUCCCUGGACUCCUACCGUCUAUUGUGUCUAGCCCAGCGUCUGGAGGAUGGAGACAAUCUGAGGCCUGUUAUAUUGGAUGGGAGCAACGUAGCUAUGAGCCAUGGGAAUAAGGAAGCAUUCUCCUGUCAAGGUAUCCAACUUGCCGUUGAUUGGUUCUUGAAGCGAGGACACCGUAACAUCACUGUUUUUGUACCUGCUUGGAGAAAGGAGCAGUCACGACCUGAUGCUCUCAUCACAGACCAGGAGAUCUUACGGCGGCUGGAGAAGGAGAAAAUCCUGGUCUUUACUCCGUCUCGCCGUGUGCAGGGGCGCCGGGUGGUUUGCUAUGAUGACCGCUUCAUUGUCAAAUUAGCCUAUGAGUCAGAUGGGAUCAUUGUGUCCAAUGAUAACUAUCGUGACCUGGCCAAUGAGAAGCCAGAGUGGAAGAAAUUCAUUGAUGAACGUCUAUUAAUGUACUCUUUUGUCAAUGACAAGUUCAUGCCACCAGAUGACCCACUUGGACGUCACGGACCCAGUUUAGAGAACUUUCUGAGGAAAAAGCCUGUUGUCCCAGAACACGGGAAGCAGCCAUGUCCUUAUGGAAAGAAGUGUACAUAUGGCCACAAGUGCAAAUUUUACCAUCCUGAAAGGGGAACCCAGCCCCAGCGUGCUGUGGCUGAUGAGCUCCGUGCCAGUGCCAAAACCUCAUCAGUAGCAUCCAGGGGCUUGCUGGAAGAUGCCCUGAUGGUGAAAAACCAAAGUUCUGGCCAACCAGAAGUAAGAGUAGAAUCUGUGGAUACCAGGGGGCCUCCAAAGAAAGAUCUGAACCUCAUCCCUCAGAGCUCCCUCACUGACCUCCUGGGUGACAGAUGGGGCCAGCCCAAAGUGGAGGCACACAGACGAAGCAACAGCAACUGUAGUGGCAGGAUCCUAGGCCAUGCUGCUCCAGGAGGACCGCCUUUGUUUGGAGGUGUUGAGCAAUGGGACCAAUCUGUGGGGAGCAGUGGAACCAGCUCUAUGACGGGUCAAGGCUCAGGAACAAGUCUGUCUGAAACAUAUCACAGGUGUAAGUCCCCAAAACAGUCUUACAGCUCACUUUUAAGGACCUACUCCAACCUCAAUUUGCCAGCACCACAGAGUCCUGAAUGUUUUUCCUUGGAUCUGAGAGCCGGAUCACUGCUGUCUGACUGCAGCAGUGAAGACAGUGUCAGCUCUGACUCCUUCUCCCCUGAUCUCCUGUUAGAUGAUAGCCCCAGAUGCAACCAUUGCCAUCAUCACCAUCGUCAUUACUGCCACUCCCAGCACACCUUCUCAGUAGGGCAUGUAUCUCCUGCUUUAGGCCAGCACAGUCCUCAUGAUUAUAGGUUUCCUCAAACCAUACAGAACCAAAAUGGUUUUGGAUCAGAGGACUUGGAAUCUUCUACCAUGAUUCACUCUUCCCAUCAUUUUAAGCCCCUGACCACCUACCUCUCACCCCGUCUCCAGCAUCCACCAUUGAGUAGUUUUACUGGAGAGUACCCAACACUUCCACCAUGUUUACCCCAAGCACCCACAGUGCACGCCCAUUCUCAGAACUCCCCUCUGGCUCACAAUCUGGUAAGCUCCCAUUGGCAGGAACGUGGGAUCCAGGACUCCCAAGUGUAUGAAGAGUCAAUGAAUUCCAGAAGGAAUUACUCAGGACUAAGCCAUCAAAUGCAGUACCGGAUGAGCUGGGAACCUCACUACCAGAAUCCUCCAAAUCCUACAUAUGAAGCAUUUGCCUUCCAGAACCAUCCAGAUGUCAGUGACAAAGUCUGGCACUCAUCUUGGAACCAGCAAACUCUUUCCUCACCGCUUGGCCUUUCAAAAUUAAGUCUUCCACCAGCUCCACAGCUGCUGUUACCUUCCAGCAGUACUCGCAAAAACCACCCAACAUCUGCACAGCAGCUGCACCAAGAGCCCUCCACCUUAGGUCGACAUUAUGACCUGAGACAAAGGGUGUAUGUUAACUUGUGCACCAUCUUCCCUUCAGAACUGGUGAGGGUGGUGAUGGCCAGGAACCCUCAUGUGGUGGAUGCCCAAGAACUUGCAGCAUCCAUUUUGAUGGAGAAGUUGCAACACGGUUCCUGAAUACAACCAGAGGGCCAAGCAGAAUUUGAUUCUCUUUUCCAGCGCUUUCUUUUGGAAUAGCAGCACAAAAGGAGCUGUGAUUGGACAGCUUAAAACACUCAUGGUUACCGUGGGUAAAAAAAACAGUCAGGUGCAAAGUGGAACAGAUGCUGUAAUGGCAUUUUUAUUGCAGGGAAAAUUAUGAAUUAAAUUUCUUUUAUUCUAGGAAAUCUGUGAGUUGCCAUAUGUUUUUAUGAAUACGCUUAAUUCAGCACUUAUGAUCAGGAAUGUGUGUUAAUGUGCAUGUACAAAAAAAGGAAUUGAUGUGUUUCAAGGUAAUAGUGAUGCAUCUUAAUAUAUUUAUUUGUUACAUUUUUAAGUUAUUUCCAUUGUUUUACAUUUUUAUGUUUUUUGCACUUUUUUCUGCUUAGCUUUGUAUUACCAUUUUUUUAUUUGGCAAUCACAUCGGGGUAUGAUGAGUUAUAUUAUUCUAAAUGCAGAACAGCGUAAAUAAUCUACCUUUUUCUAUAGUACAGAUGUAUCCUACACGUUUCACGUCAGCUCAGCAGCAGCUUUUGCAGCUUCUUUGUGUUGUAACAGUUGGAAAAUCAGUUAGAGCUGUGACAUUUUUCUGGGUUUUCCCGGAAGGGAAGUGAAACACACACUGUACCCAUAAGGUGACAAAAACUCCACUCAAAAACCCCACACACCCUUAAAUUAGAGUUUAUCACACUGUCAGCUGACUUCAUGCUCAUCAGCUUUCAUACUUUAUUUUUUUUACCGUAAUAACUGUUUUCUAAAUCAUAUGGGCUCGGUUGAGAGCAAUAAGUAAUGUCCACCUGGUGGC